AUGAAGUACCUUACGCUAUUAUGGCUCUCUGCCUUGAUAGCUGCAGUGGGAGCCAAGGAAAAACGCAGUCGCUACGUUCCGAUUGAUAAUCCUAGUCAAAACCAAAACGAUCCAAACAACCAUCGUGCGCUCCAAUCCAACAACAAUCGAGUCACAGGAAUUGCCUACGAGUGCAAUGACAAUGAUUUCCCGCUAGAUUUGCCCAAAGUUCGUAGAUAUGUACCAGGAGAUGUGAUCAAAGUCUGCGUCAAACCAGAAAUCAGAACGGAGAAUCGUGGAAUUGUCAUGCGAGCGGUCGAUACCAUGAACUUUAUUGGGGAAUCCUCGGGGAUUUCCCAAAAGGUCAUUGAGUUCAAGAAGG